UAUCUUUGCCAAGAAAACCCCAAAUGGGAUCACAAAGAGUCGGAUGCCACCGAAAACCAACUCUGAAAUCCCCACUCAAAUAGGUGGGCCAGGUCGCCCAAGAGCAGCUGAUUGCCACUACUUUCAGGACUCUAGGGGUAACUCUGAGGGUCUAGUAUUGUUCCUCGUGAGCCUCCACCAACAUACUUCUUUUUGGUUAUCAGCCAGACUGUAUUAGCUUGAGAGAGGGUGGUUAUUAAGCAGGCAUAUCAAAGACAGCUGUUACAAAAACAAUCCCUCUGAAAGGGGGUUGGAGGGGAUACACUCUCCCCUUGCAUGCACAAACGUCCUCAGAAAGAGUGGACUUAAAUGUCAAGCACAAAGGCAGUGAGGCACACACCAGGGAACCCACAUGGCAAAGGGGAAACUCCUUGUACCUGGUUCCUGGAGGUUUUCUUCUCCCUUUCCAGAGUCCUCAGGAAAUUCCGUUUAGGUCAAGCACUGUACUGAUCAGUGCUCCUGGGGAGUCCAUGGCUGACACUUUUCCCUGCCCUGAGGGGUCAUGCUCCCUGAAUUUGCCUUGCCUAGGUGUGUAUAGUUUGCCCUUGACCUGUCUUUCAACUCAUCAUGGAUGCUGUCACCAGCAACAUCUGCUCCAAGGAACUGCUACCCUGCCCAUAGGAUGAGAACUCCUGCCAUUCCAACCUUUAGAGGUUACAAGGUGACUACCUCAUCCAAAAGGCCAAUUGCCUCUCAAGAGUCCUUCCCUACAAAGCUCAAAAUGUGGCUCAACGUUUUGCUGAAAUCUAGGUGAACUCUAUCCCUGCCUUUCAUUCACUCUGACUGUCUGGUAACACUGAGAGAAAAGGAAAUGGAGCUGGUCUGGUUUAACCUAUUGUUAGUGAGAUCAUGAUGAAUUUGCGUGGUCUUCACUUCUUUCUCUGAAUGGUCACUAGUUGUACACUAAGUAAUGACCUAGAAUUUUGCCAGGAAUUAUGGUCUACACCCCCUUCUCAUACUUUGCAGUUUCCAAUUUCUUUCUUUCUUUUUCUGCCUACCUUCCUUUCUUUUCUUCCUUUUUUCUUUCCUUCUUUUUUUUUCUCCCUCUCUCUUUCCCUCCUUUCUUUCCGAAAAUUGGGGCACUUGGUCUCUCUCCAUUUCUAAGGCACUGUUUCAUUUCCAGGACCUUUCAAAUAUCUCUACCAGUGAUUCAGUAAUCACCUUUAAAGCUCUUUCAGUACUUUGCAGUUCCCUUUCUGUACCAUGACACCAGAGACAUGGAUGACUUGACUUCCUCACAAGUAGAGCAGUCAAAAUGUGGAAUGACCAGCCUUGGGAAACAGGGGUUUCCCCCUCAUUAGGGACCUUCAAGCAAAAGCUGAACGGCCACUUGUCAAAUACACAAUGGAAGAGAUUCUCACUUAUUAUUGGAUGGACUUCUGAAGUUUGUUCCUACUCUAACAAUCUGCAAUUUUGUGACUUGAACAUGUCAGAGGCAAUUGAGAUCUCUCCUCAUUUUUUGUUCCAUAUUUUGGGUUUUGCCUAUUUAUUCUCCAUUUUUGCUUCGCCCUUUCUGGUCAGAAAGAUAUCAUCAUUAGCAGAGAAAACAGAAGCUACCUAGUCAAAUCAACACACAUUGAUAUAGUGUCCCCUACGUGCUAGGCACUGGUGCUAAGUGCUGAAGAUACAAAAAAAGGCAAAAGAUGGUCUCUGCCCCUGAGUUCAAAGUCUCGUGGAGGAGACCACCAUCAAAUGAUACACCUAUGAUAAACUGAGGAUAAUUUGAGGGGUAAGGCACUAAGAUUAAGGAGGGGGGAAGGGCUUCUUGAAGAAGGUGGGACUUGAGCUGAGACUUGAAGGAAAGUAGGGUAGCUCAGAGGUGAGAGGAAGAGGGAGACUUUUCCAGGGCUGGGGGACAUCUCGCAUAAGGAACAAGAAGGCCAGGGUGGCUGGACCUGAAGGAAGCUAGAGAAGCUAGGGGGCAGAGAUAAGGAGGGAGAACACUGCGGGCUUGGAGGACAGCCAGAGAAAGUGACUGACAGAAGAGGGUGAGGGAGGGCAUUCAGAGCAAGGGAAACAGUGUUAAGUGAAGGCGCUGAGGCCUGACGUCAGGCCUCCGGGAAUGACAAGGAAGAACAGUCUGGCCUGACUGAGGUGUAGAGUGGGUGAAGGAGAGUAAAGUGAGAAAUCAGUCAAUUAAAACGAGCAUCGACUGGGCACUCACGAGGGGCCAGGCAUUGUGAUAACAAGCAAUGGAGCCACGCACAACAAAGACAAACACACGGGGGCAGCUAGAGGGCGAAGUGGAUAGAGCGCCCCCUGGAGUCAAGACCUGAGUUCAAAUGCGGCCUCGGACACUUGACACUUAGCAGCUGUGUGACCCUGGGCAUGUCACUUCACCCCAUCGCCUGGAAAAAGCAAACAAAGAAGCAGUCACUGCCCAGAAGAAACUUACAUCGUGAUGGGGGCGGAGAGGAAACCUGUCUGUUUCCAAGAGGGCAGAUGACGUCACCGGUGAUGUCUGGACUCUCGCACGAAUUGGAUUUGAGGGAGAAAGCCUGGGAUGGCCCAGGGCGCAGGGGCCGACCUCGGGGCCAAGGUGAGGAGGCUGAGUGCCAGACAGAGGGCAAAGGGGCAUGCGCAGCCCGCCCCGGACGGCCGGACACCCUCGAGAUUUACAUCAAUGUCAGCCUCUCUACUCGUCUUCUACUAGAACUGAAAAGUUGGGUCACGCAGCUACGCGGCAGGAUUUGAACUCGGGGCUCUCCGCCUCCAAAAGUCGUGAGGUCCGCUGCACUCCAGCCUGAGCUACUUUGGGGAGAUGGCUUCAGCUCGCUCCGUGGCAUCGGGGAGUGGGCGCUUUGGCCCUCCCCUCUCUACAGAGGUGACGCGGGGAGACCUUGGACAAGUCACCUCCACCUCUGGGACUCAGUUUCCUUUCCUGUAACAUGAAGGGCUUGGACUAGGCGCCUUCUCCUUCUAGACGUGGGAUCCUAUGGCUGACGGUCUAAAGCUCCCGACCGAGCUCGGAAGAAACGGGGAGGGGGCGUCCCCCCACCCCCGCGCCACCUGAGCUAGGAGGGGGCUGUGCUCCCCCGCCCCGCCGCCGGUGAGGGGAGGGGCCACGCGCUCCCGCGGCUUGGCUGGGCGAGCCGAGCGCCAGGGGGCGUGGCCUGGCGGAGGCGCGCGCUCCCGCGCGCGCUCCCGCGCUCGAAUCCCGCUCUCGCGGUGCUUGGCUCGGGAGCUCUCUGUAGCCGUCUCUGGAGGAGCUCGCUCGUCCGGGCCUGAGGCGCCGCCGCUCGCUUGAUUGGCAGAUUUGACCUGUAAAGAAAGCUACUCCAAAGCUGGGCACCUAUGGAAGAAUCAUCCCAGGAAAAACUCACAAGCGAUGGUCCUUGUGACUCUAAAUUGAGUGAAGCCUGGGAAUAUGAAGUCAAGUUAGAGGAGGAGCAGAGUGAUGAGGAGAAAACCCAGCAUGUAAAAAUCAUCCAAAGGAAGGCACCUAGUAAAUUGAGAAGCCAUGAAUAUAAUAAAUAUGGUCGACUCUUUGGUGUAGGACCAAUUCUCUUUCCACAACAGAGAGUACCCAUAGGAAAGAAUCUUCCCAAAUAUGACACACACAGAAAGAGCUUCAGACUGUAUUCAGACCUAAGAAAAUACAAUAAAAUUUCCUCAAAGAAGAUAUUUUCUAAGUAUAAUGAAAGUGGAAAAUCCUUCAGUUAUCAUUCAGACCUAAUUGAAUACCAUAGGCUACAUACUGGAAAAAAACCUUAUGAAUGUGGGAAAGCCACAUUGUGGAGAGCACAGCUUAUUCAACAACAGAGAAUUCAUACUGUAGAAAAACCUUAUGCAUGUAUUGAAUGCGGGAAAGCCUUCUGCAAGAGGACACAACUUACUCAACAUUUCAGAAUACAUACUGGAGAAAAACCUUAUGAAUGUACUGAAUGUGGGAAGACAUUCCGACAGAGUGCACACCUAACUCGCCAUCAGAGAAUUCAUACUGGAGAGAAACCCUAUGCAUGUAAUCUGUGUGGGAAAGCCUUCAACCACAGCUCUUCCCUUGCUUCCCAUCAGAGAAUUCAUACUGGAGAGAAACCUUAUGGAUGUGAUCGAUGUGGAAAAGCUUUCAACCACAGCUCUUCUCUUGCUUCUCAUCAGAGAAUUCAUACAGGGGAGAAACCUUACGAGUGUAAUGAAUGUGGAAAAGCCUUCCGCCAGAGCACGGAACUUACUAGACAUCAAAAAAUUCAUACUGGAGAAAAACAUGAAUGCACUGAAUGUGGAAAGGCUUUCCAUCAGAGUUCACACCUUACUCGACAUCUAAGAAUUCAUACUGGAGAGAAACCUUAUAAAUGUAAUGAAUGUGGGAAGACCUUCAAUUAUAGUUCAUCCCUUGCUUCUCAUCAUAGAACUCAUACUGGAGAAAAACCUUAUGGGUGUAUUGAAUGUGGCAAAGCCUUUGGUAAAAGGACACAGCUUAUUCAACAUUGGAGAAUUCAUACUGGAGAGAAACCUUAUGACUGUAAUGAAUGUGGAAAGGCAUUCCGUCAGAGCUCACAGCUUACUCGACAUCAGAAAAUUCAUACAGGAGAAAAACCUUUUGAAUGUGAUGAAUGUGGGAGAGCCUUCCGCCAGAGAUCACAGCUUACUUACCAUCAGAGAAUUCAUACUGGAGAAAAACCUUAUGAAUGUAAUGAAUGUGGUAAGGCCUUCUGUCAAAGCACUGAACUUACCCAACAUCACAGAAUUCAUACUAGUGAGAAACCUUUUGAAUGUCAUGAAUGUGGUAUGGCCUUUCGCCUGAGUACUGGACUUACUCGCCAUCAGAAAAUCCAUACAGGAGAGAAACCUUAUGAAUGCAGUGAAUGUGGGAAGGCCUUCUGUCAGAGAGCAGAACUUACUGUACAUCAUAGAAUUCAUACAGGAGAGAAACCCUAUGUGUGUAAUGAAUGUGGGAUGGCCUUUCGACAGAGCUCACAACUGACUCCACACCUCAGAAUUCAUACCGGAGAGAAACCUUAUAAAUGUAAUGAAUGCGGAAAGGCCUUCAAUCGCAAUUCAUCCCUUGUUUCCCAUCACAGAAUUCACACUGGAGAGAAACCUUAUGAAUGUAAUAAAUGUGGAAAGGCCUUCCGCCGGAGUACAGGACUUACUCGACAUCAGAGACUUCAUAUUGCAGAUAAAUCUUAUGAAUGUAAUGAUUAAGGGAAAGUUUUCCUCCAAAACAUAUCUUAACAUCAGUUCAUUAGUGAAGUCUUAUGUUUUGAUCCCUUUUAAAAAAAAUAUGUAGU